AUGGCGCCUAUUGCAGUCACACCAAACGGAACGAGCUUGCGCAUGCAAGUAUCGAAAGAUUUGAAUCGUUACAAAAAUAAAGACCAGAAUACAAUUGACCUGGUCCUGAAUCAAUUCCGUUGCUUGAUUGCGGACUUGUGCCAGCAGUUCAAUGGCGGUCAUCCAGGGAGCGCAAUGGGCAUGGCAGCCAUCGGAGUUGCUCUCUGGAAAUAUGUCAUGAAAUACUCCCCGAACAACCCUAAUUACUUCAAUCGCGAUCGUUUUGUCCUAUCGAACGGGCACACAUGCCUCUUCCAAUACUCAUUCCUCCACCUUACAGGAUAUAAGGCCAUGACAUUUGACCAACUCAAGUCAUACCACUCGGCACGACAAGAUUCGUUCUGUCCUGGCCACCCCGAGAUUGAGCAUGAGGGCAUCGAAGUCACAACGGGCCCAUUGGGACAGGGUAUUGCCAACGCCGUCGGUCUGGCCAUGGCCACGAAAAAUCUCGCAGCUACGUAUAACAAACCAAGCUACAACUUGGUCAACAAUACGACUUGGUGCAUGAUAGGAGAUGCUUGUCUACAAGAAGGUGUUGCGUUGGAAGCCAUUCAGUUAGCCGGCCACUGGAAGCUAAACAACUUGGUGGUCAUCUACGACAACAACCAAAUCACCUGCGACGGUAGUGUUGAUCUUUGCAGUACAGAAGACGUCAAUACGAAGAUGCAAGCCUGUGGCUGGGAGGUCAUAGACGUACAAGAUGGUUGCUAUGACGUAAAGGGGUUGGUAUUAGCCCUUUUGCGAGCCAAGUCUUCGACUGAAAAGCCUACAUUCAUCAAUGUUCGUACCAUCAUUGGUAUUGGCAGCAAAGUUGCCGGCGAUGCGAAAGCACACGGCGCUGCGUAUGGUGAUGAAGAUGUACGCAGUAUCAAGCAGGCAUUUGGUAUGAACCCGGACGAGCAUUUCGUCCUUCAUGACGAGGUGUAUUCGUUCUUUGAGGAUUUGAAAGAACGCGGAGACGCAUUGGAAUCCCAAUGGAAGCAAAUGUUGGACAGUUACGCAAAUGAGCACCCAGAGCUGCACGAAGAGUUUAUGAAGCGGGUUCACGGCGAAUUCACCAAGGAUUGGAAGUCAAUAAUCCCAUCCAAGGAUGUCCUACCUUCAUCUCCUACUGCGACAAGGAAAUCUGCCGGUCUGGUGUGCAAUCCACUCGCCGAACAAUUGAAAAACAUGAUGGUUGGAACUGCCGAUUUGUCUCCCUCAGUCAAUAUGAUUUGGAAAGACAAGGUCGACUUUCAACAUCCUGAAUUGAAGACCGAGUGCGGAAUCAAUGGCGACUACAGCGGCAGAUAUAUCCACUGGGGGAUUCGCGAACAUGCCAUGGCCGCUAUUUCGAAUGGUCUCGCCGCGUUCAACAAAGGAACAUUCCUCCCCGUCACGUCCAGCUUCUUCAUGUUCUACAUUUAUGCCGCCCCCGGUGUUCGCAUGGGUGCGCUUCAAAACCUUCAAGCAAUCCACAUCGCAACUCACGAUUCCAUUGGCACUGGCGAGGAUGGUCCCACUCAUCAACCUAUUGCUCUCGCGGCAUUGUAUCGUGCAAUGCCAAACUUUCUGUACAUACGCCCCUGUGACUCAGAAGAAGUGGCAGGCGCUUUCAUAUCUGCCCUUGAUGCUAAGGACACACCAUCGAUGAUUUCACUCUCCCGACAAACUGUGGAGCAGUAUCCGCGGUAUUCAAGCCGUGACGGCGCUCAAAGAGGCGCAUACGUAUUUAUAGAGGAGGACAGAGCAGACGUGACACUUAUCGGUGUAGGUGCUGAGAUGUGCUUCGCCGUCAAGACACGCGACGUCCUGAGGGAAAACUUCGGCAUUACGGCUCGGAUUGUGUCCUUCCCGUGCCAGAGAUUGUUUGAGAAACAGCCAGUAGAGUACAAGAGACGAGUGCUGCAGUACCGAUCAAACAUGCCUAGAGUUGUUAUUGAAGCGUACGCUGUAAAUGGAUGGGAGAGGUACGCAGACGCGGGGUUUUCGAUGGCGUCUUUCGGCAAGAGUCUCCCUGGUAAAGAUGCGUACAAGUUCUUUGGGUUUGAUGAAAAGGUUAUUGCGCCAGAGGUUGCUAGACUUGUCGAAGAUGUUCGAAGGGAUGGCAUCGAGAGUCUGAGGGGGGAGUUUAGAGAUUUGAAUCCUGUAAAAUCUGCGCAUUAG